AUCACAAGCCAAGUUCUUCGAGCGAGUUGAGCCAGAGUUAGGCUCAACUCCUUGUGCAAAGACUCUCUACGCUCAUCCACACUCACCAGACGCCACCCUCUCCUGAAACGCCCGACGGGAAAGGAGCACGGGUCCCUUUCUCUCGCGAGAGAGGCCUGACGGGAGAGGGCGGGAGUUUCGCCCUCUUCCUUGGGCCAUCUAACGGGUAUUCCAGUCGUCGUAAGAGAGGGUGGUGAUUUGUGAGCACUGGCUCAAAGUUGAGGUCACUCUUCACCCUGCCGACUGCCGAGGCAAUCCGUCGGUUUCAUCCUCUGCGGCCUUUGCCCAUUCAUCUGCACUUGCUCCGGGAUCCUAACUAGCUGUGAAACCAACUCGUUCGUGUGCCCGGUACCCAACAGUCGGCUUCUCACAGGGAUAAUUGCUUUCAGUAUCUGAAAAAUAGGUAAAAACUAAAAAGACUGUAGUCGGAUGUUUGAGAACUGCAGAGACCUUUAUAAGACGCUGAACCUAAGCUCGUUAGAUGAAAUAGGCUGAAGCAAGCAAUGGCAGCAAAAUCAUUUGCAGACAUUUUCUGGAAGCAUUGGAUGACUCUGAGGCCUUUUGCUGGAGACAAAUUAAAGGGAAAUUCAUUAUCUUGCGAAAUAAGAUAUAUGUUAUCAACAUGUGCAUUUCCUGAAUAUACAGAGCUUCCAGGAAAGCUGAACAAAUCAGAAAGGAAGCCUUUUGUGGUCCCUAUCAAUGAACUUAAGCGUAAGGCACAGUUGCAAAGGGAGCUAAGGCAGGAGGUUCGAGAAGUUAAUCUGCGGCCACCAGAAAAUGGGCUGUUGCUCAAGAGGUUGAUUCCAGUUGCACAUGAAGUUUAUGCAUCCAGAAGCAAGCUUUUUUAUUGUGUUUCAAGGCUCAUUGACAAAGUUGGUGUUCACCGGUGUAGGGCGUGCGCAGAAGUUCAUGUGGGACAUAUGCCUCACACAAUACGUACAUGUAAUGCUGUUGGCAGCCGACCAACCAGAGAACAUAGUUGGGAGAAAGGGGGCAUUGAAGACGUACUUCCUAUUGUGGAAUCCUUCCACCUCUAUGACAGAUUGGGUAGAGCAGUAUCACAUAAAGAACGUGUUGAUAUUGAUCGUCUCCCUGCCAUUGUUGAGCUAUGUAUACAAGCAGGCAUUGACUUACCCGAGUAUCCAACAAGACGACGUGUUAUUCCAGUGUACAGUAUUUCUGGAAAGAUAAUUGAUUUUGAACGCAGGUAUCCUCGGGAUGGUCCAAUGUCCACAGAGGAAAUUCAAGCAUCUGGUUUCUGGGAGAAGAGGAGGAAGAGUUUGCAGAGUAUUGAUCUUUCCAUGUCAGAACUGGAUGGCAAUGGCAUACGAGACUUGGCUGAAGAAGGCUUAGAGGCAUGGGAAAGACUGCGGUCAGGAGCAACAAGACUCAUGCAAAAGUAUGGCGUACAAGUGUGUGGCUACUGCCCAGAGGUUCAGGUGGGUCCGAAAGGGCACCGAGUGCGAACCUGCCAGGCACACAAGCAUCAGCAGCGUGAUGGUCAGCAUGCAUGGCAAGAAGCAACAGUAGAUGAGAUAGUCCCACCUGUGCAUGUUUGGCAUGUAAGAAAUCCGGGCAGUGGAGAGGUUAUAGUGGAUGAACUGAGAUGGUACUACGGUAAGUUACCCGCUGUGGUGGAGCUCUGUUCACAGGCCGGUGCACAAGUUGGGAAAGAAUACUGGGGAAUGACGAGAGAGGACGUUUCAUUACCUGAUCUGGAGGAAGUAAAGCUUGUUGUCUGAUCGAGCUUGCGAAACCAAAGAAUGGAUUCUCCAAACUUCCAUGAAUUCAAGACGUGUAGCAAGGAAGUUUUUUUGUGUUUCUUGUUCUUUACCAUCGUCAUGACAGCGGCAGAUGGUUGUGUAAAUGCGUAUCUUGUGUGAAAAUUAUGCUUACCAAGAAA